AUGACUCGUAGAAAUAAUCAUAUAGAAGCGGAAAAUGGAGAAGCAAGCAAUACCGAAGGAGGUAUGGAAAGGGCUAUUCAAGCUAUGGCAGAAAUGGCAGCAAGUAUUGCAGAACAAACUGCUGCUAAAGCUGAAAGGGAUAUUCGUAAACAACAAAGGGAAGAACGAAAUGCUGAAAAUAAAGGACUGGUAGACUUCAGACCGCAUGAUCCUCCACAAUUUCUUGGAGAAACAGAACCAGAGAAAGCUGACUUAUGGCUCCAAGAGAUAGAAAAGAUAUUCGCUGUGUUGAGGUGUCUUGACGAAGUAAAGGUAACAUAUGCAUCUUACUUACUAUUGGGAGAUGCCGAAUACCGGUGGAAAGCAACGCCGGCUUCACUUGAUUUUCUAACCAAGGAGCAUGGAAUGAGAAGUUCGACCUUUCCAAAACAGAACUGUGAUUUUCAUCUUUUGAAUGGAAACUCAGUCAAGGUUCCUUUCAUGGUAAGCAAGAAGAUGCAGUUUAUUGAAGCUUAUGACGGUUCUAAAGUUCUUCGUCUUCCUUAUAAAAAAGGUCAAGAUACGCGUCAAUUCUCUAUGUAUAUUUUUUUGCCAAACGCAAAAGAUGGACUGCCAGCUUUAGUUGAGAAGAUGACUUCUAAAUAUGAAUUACUACACGAAAAGCUUAGUCUUUAUGAUCAAUUGAAACAAGUGAAAGUAGGUGAAUUUAAAAUUCCAAGAUUCAAUGUUUCAUUUGGGCUUGAAACUAGUGAUACCCUAAAGGAGUUAGGAGUGACUUUACCAUUCUUUCCUGGAGGUUUGAAAAAAAUGGUGGAUUCUAUCGCGGGUCAAAGCCUUUUUGUUUCUCGCAUAUUUCACAAGUCUUUCAUCAGAGGAAACGAAGAAGGUACCGAAGUUGCUACAGCUAGUGCUGAAAGGUUGAGCAAGGGUUGUUCAUUUUCGCCGCCACUAAACUUUGAAGUUAACCACCCCUUCUUAUUUCUAAUUAGGGAAGAUUUGACGGGAACAAUCCUCUUUGUCGGGCAAGUGCUCAAUCCUCUUGAUGAGUGA